AUGUUUCGUCUAGAUCUACCAACAAGCUCAAGAUGCACAGAGUUUAUCUCUGGCAAGGAUUAUCGUGGAGGUGAUAUUAAUGCCAAUUAUCCAGCACAAGUACGCUCACCAGCAGCAUGUGCUGCAUUAUGUGAGGAAUAUCCAGAUUGUAUUGCAUGGACAUUCAAUGUCAAGAGUGCUAAAUGCUGGGUAAAAAGUACCUUACCUGCUCUUGGUAGUGGUACCGAUACAUAUACAGGAUCAUGCGAUAAAUCAUCAAAAUAA